GCCGCAGUGAAUCGGAUCUCCGAGAAUGGGAUCUAUUUAGGGCAUUUCUGAUUUCCCACCAGUGAAUUUAUUAACAGUUUAUUAUUAUUUAAAUUCAAUCACUCUCUCACUCUUCCAUAAUAAUUGUGAUUAGGCUGCUGAACUCGAGAAGCUUCCGCUUGAAAUAGUGACUCUCUCCCUAACCAACCACUGAGUUUGCAGUUUUAGCUGAAAAGUUAUCUUUAAAUGCAACCACUGGUGCUCAACGACGAGAGGGUGCGCAGAGCUUGUGAGAAAACAAGGGAGCUCAAGAUUCCUGAUGAGAAGACUCUCCUUGUGCUUAGGAAGCUGCUGAGAGAGAACGGUGAGAAUUGGGGUAUUAUUAAACUGGAUAACUAUUCUGCAUUGAUCGAUGCUAUCUACUCUCUUGAUGAAGAGAAUGAGACGCCAGUUAACAACAAAAGAGGGAAGAGUGUUGUUGUGGGCGCUGACACUACUCUGUAUAGAGUGAAGAGAAGCGAGAAACAAAGUGAAGGUUCAUCUAAUGGUAUUAGAGGGAAGAAUGUUGUGGUCAAUGUCGUUGACUCUCCUCAUAGUGCUAUUCCAAAGAAGCAAAGCAAAAUUUCAUCUUAUGUCAACAGAGGGAAGAAUGAUGUGCUCAUUGACCCUUCUCCUCGUGCUAGUUUGAAGAAGCAAAGCGAAGGCUCAUCUAAUGGCAAUAGAGGGAAGAAUGACGUGGUCAUUGACCCUUCUCCUAGUUCUACUCUGAAAAAGCAAAGUGAAGGUUCAUCUUAUGGCAAUAGAGGGAAGAAUGCUGUUGUGGGCACUGACUUUCCUCAUAGUGCUACUUUGAAAAAGCAAAGCGAAGGUUCAUCUAAUGGCAAUAGAGGGAAGAAUGCUUUGGUCCUUGACUCUCCUCAUAGUGUUACUCUGAAGAAGCAAAGUGAAGGUUCAUCUAAUGGCAAUAGAGGGAAGAAUUAUAUGCUCAUCGACCCUUCUCCUAGUUCUACUCUGAAGAAGGCAACUAAAACUUCAUCUAAUGGCAAUAGAGGGAAGAAUGCUGUUGUGGGCACUGACCCUCCUCAACCUAGUGCUACUCUGAAGAAGCUAAGCACAGGUUCAUCUAAUGGCAGUAGAGAGAAGAAUGUUGACUCUCCUGCUACUCUGAAAACAAUAUAUGAAACCCGUUUUGCAACCUCAAGCUCGUCCGUUGAGGGAGUCCAGCAGCAGCCACAGACUAGCAAUGGUGUCCGCAAAAGAAAGUAUAAAACCAUUAUCCAUGACAUAACCAAAGGCUCAGAGAGCGUUGAGAUCUCCCUGGUUGACGAUGUUGGGACUGAGAAAGUGCCCACUUUCACUUACAUCCCUCACAACAUUGUAUACCAAAGUGCUUAUGUGCAUGUCUCUCUGGCUCGCAUUUCCGAUGACGACUGUUGCGCAAGCUGCAAGGGGGACUGUCUUUCAGCUGACUUCCCAUGUGCUUGUGCUCGUGAAACCAGUGGAGAAUAUGCGUAUACCAAAGAAGGGUUACUAAAGGAGGAGUUUCUUGACACUUGUCUUAAGAUGAAAAAGUCACCAGAUACCUUUAAUAAAUUUUACUGCCAAGACUGCCCUUUAGAGAGAGAUCAUGGUAAAUGCCAAGGGCACUUGAUCAGAAAGUUCGUUAAGGAAUGCUGGAGAAAGUGUGGAUGUGAUAUGCUGUGUGGUAAUCGAGUAGUACAGAGAGGGAUAAGGUGUUUACUUCAGGUUUACUUUACAUCGGAAGGGAAAGGAUGGGGUGUUAGACCACUGCAAGACUUGCCGAAAGGAACCUUUGUCUAUGAAUACAUUGGUGAAAUAUUGACCAACACGGAGUUAUACGAGCGGAAUCUAAGACUUAGUAGUGAGCGGCAUACAUAUCCUGUAACUCUGGAUGCAGACUGGGGUUCUGAAAAGGAUUUGAAAGAUGAAGAAGCUCUCUGCCUGGACGCCACAAUCUGUGGAAAUGUUGCUAGGUUUGUUAAUCAUAGAUGUGGGGAUGCAAACUUGAUUGAUAUUCCGGUACAAAUAGAGACUCCUGACAGACAUUAUUACCAUAUUGCCUUUUUUACCAUUCGAGAUGUGAAGGCCAUGGAAGAACUGACAUGGGAUUACAUGAUAGAUUUCAGUGAUGAAAGUCAUCCUGUGAAGGCAUUUAGAUGUAGCUGCGGAAGUGAAUUAUGCAGAGACAAAAAGCCAAUAGGAUCACGAGGCAAGUCGGGAGAAAGAAGAAAGGUUGUUCAUGCUAAAAGACAACCAGAUACCAAAGCAGUGCCAUUAAAGCGGAAAUGAGGAGGAUUAGUAAGAGUAUAACAUUUAGAAAACAUAACCCACCACGUGCACUUUGAUCCACUGAGCUUCUUGCUUUAACUCCAACAGAGAACUGUAAUGGUCACAAAAAAAUUUCUCUUAGAAAAAAAAAAAAUCCUUUCUUUAGGUUAAAAAUGAUCUGAACUGAACAGAUUCUUCUGGUGGUAAGCUAACAAAGAUUUUUGGUAAGAGUUUUGUUUGCUAACCAAA